AUAGAUAAAAUUCAUCACGUAGAAUUUGCUUCAGCGUCUCAACCCCUUCUUCCUUUUCCAGAGCCUUUCCCAUCCAAGCCGCGUGGUCCGAGCGAUCGGCCCCGCUCUCGCCGGAGCGCUCCACCGCUUGACGUCAGUCCACCACCCCCGCGGCGCCGAUGGAGUACGACUCCCGGGGCCGGUCGGGCUAGGGCUUCUACGGCGCGCCCCCCGGGGCCGCGGCCGGCGGCUCGCACCUCUACCCACGCGUCGGCCAGCCUUCCCACGGCAGUGGCACCGCCGCCGCGUCUCCGCGGGCCGCGCCCUACCACCACUCGUCCUCCGCUUCCGGCUCCUCGGCCCCCAUCGUUACGCCGCUCGCUCCCACCUCGUCUACAUCGAAAGUGGGCGUACAAAUUGCGAUAAAGCCUGAAUACCGCAUUACCCCUCCUCCUCAAAUGGCACCACAUAUGGUUGAAAUUCCUCGUAGCACCUUCAACUUCAACUUUGAGUAUGAGAGAAAGAUUCUUGCUGAGGCAGAGAAGGAGAAUCCCAACUGGAACAAAUUUGUGGUAGAAAGACAGGCACCGCAGACGGUGCCACAGCAGGCUAGAUCAGCAUCUUCAGGGGAUCCAGUUGUGGACAAGUAUGUUGCGAUGGGGCUUGGACGUGAAGCUGUCUCAUUUGCUGUGUUGAAUUAUGGAGAUAAUCCAGUGAAGGUAGAGGAGUUCGUGAAAUCCUACAACAUUCUCCACGAGAUGGGCUUCACGUCCCAGAACGUUCCCGAGCUGCUGGCGAUCCACGACAACGAUCCUGACAGAGUUAUCCAACGCCUGCUUUCCUCGCCAUCCUGAUCCCAGAACAAGACGCCUUACAUAUGUAUACCCCCAUGUACAGCCUCAUCCUAUGCUGGCAACCAUCAUGCAUGCCACAUGUGAUGGAGUCCCGAGUGUUUGUACUUCGAUCUACGUGUUAUCUGCUAGUAGCAAGUAGCGUGAACCGAUGAACACGAUUGUACGGUUGUAUCGCAUGGCCCGUUUGGUGAUUUUUGCACCGAUUUCUUUCA